AUGCUGAAGCUGGUCUAUCUGCGCCCGUCUCUUUCCCAUCCGCCGAGAAGCCCUGUCUUGGGGCGGCCUUUUGCUUCAGUUUCGCGACAGCGACUGGCGCAACCCCGUCAUGGACUUCUCAAUGAGCCCUGGCUAGCUCCAACUUCAGUCACACCUCUACCAGUCACAUACUUCUCCCCGGCCGGGGUGCGGAGGGAAGUUGGAGAGUGUCCUCGGAAAACAGAUCACAAACCGCCAGAUGAAAGAACCUUGAAACUCGGAAAAACUCUACGAAUCCUCUCGCCCCUCUUACCGACUCUCUUGUAUAAUACCUUACCCACCGAGAUCCUCGCUCCGAGUGUUAACCUUCACUUAUUCCCGUCCACACAUCCACACCUCCCCACUGUCAAAGGACGCACGCUUUAUCGCGCAGCACUCUGGACGGUCCCAGUAGCAUGGAGUAGCGUGCCACUAGUCGGAAACGUGAAAUUGCAAAUCCUCAGCGAAAGGAUAGUACGCGCCGGGACGCUGCUCGACCCCACGCAUCACGGCGACCACCACGAUUGUGGCGAUGAACGCCUACUAGUACGAUGGAAGACAGAGCCACGAACAGAUAGCCGCCCCUUCCAUGGCCCAGGCUCUUCAAACACCAAUUCUAAAACCCCCUCGAAAACUGCGCCAUCCUCACAAAAUAGCCAUCUCUCGGCUUCUAUAAACGGCACCAACAAAGGCUUGAGUGUCCUUCUUGGUGGAGAGGAGCCUAUUUUCAAGCUUUCAAAGGAAGAGCAAUUUACCGGUAUCUUUAUCUUCUCUUUCGAUGAGGAGGGUCGCAUCCUGACUCAUACCAUCGAGCAUGCCGAUGAGGCGGACGGCUGGGACCGGACUGCUAAAUUCGUGACUCUCACUGACUGGCUCAUUGGCAAAGCGCGCGGCUCGCUUGACCCGGCUGUCAGUACUGGACUUGCCAUGGCGACUUCUCAAAGCCAUGCGUUUGUUUCUGGCAAUGACCGGAGAUUGUGA